AUGCCCGCGCAGGAGGGGGAGAGGCCAAAUUUACAAAGAGGCGUUUCCAGUAGGCCCCGUGAUCUGACCGACGUCUCGAGAGCCGUCCUGCGCAGCGAGCAGGCAAAGCGAUGGACAAAGCGGUACAGGACUGAGGUCGCUGCGAGCUCCAGUAGCCUUCUGUCUACCUUUGCUGCUUAUCCUCUCGACUCGGUCAAAACCCGCCUGCAAGCAUACAAAUUCAACUCUUUCGCCGACUGCGUCCGUCACACCUACAAAACCGAGGGUUUCCACGGGUUCUACCGUGGUGUUUGGUCUCCUCUCGCAAGCAUAACACUUGUUCGCACGGUGUCCUUCUCCAUAUAUCAACGCUCCAAAUAUGCGCUCGACAACUGGAUUUACCAGACUACUGGGAGUUCACCACUCGUAAUCGCGAAUACCAAAGACGCAUGGCCCACAUUCUCGACAGUCGCCUGUUUUGGGCUGGCGGGAGUGAAUGCGGGCGCAGCCAUCACAGUCAUUGCAUGUCCGUUCGAACUAACGAAACUAAGCGCACAAAUUUCGGUGCUUAUGGCCGAGCGUAACGAUGGCGGCGGCAAAAACGAAGCGAUACGGAAGAGUUACCAGAACCUAGGAACCUGGAAGACGGCACAAAAUCUGGUCAGGCAUCGGGGUUGGAGUGGCCUGUAUUCUGGCUUUCAUUUGCAUCUACUUCGGGAUUCAAUCGGCACCGGCAUCUACUUCAUUACAUAUGAGAGCGUGAAACAGGUUUUGGCAAAAGCACGCGGAACAUCACCCACACAUCCGUUGGCAGUUGUAAUAGCUGGUGGUCUUUGUGGGCUGGUGAGUUGGGCAUGUAUAUUCCCCAUCGAUACAGCCAAGAGCAUCUAUCAGCGCAACUGCCUUGUUGGAGGAAAAGAUAAGGCCACUCGUCCGAAGAUUCAAUUUUUCAACCGUCGGAUGUAUCGAGGUCUGGGUGUAUCGAUGUCUCGCUCCUGCAUUGUCAACGCAAUUUUCUUUACUGUAUUCGAGUUCACGAAGAAGCGCAUUAACAGUAUGACUUACGACGACGAGCUUCUGCUCGCCAAUGGCGUAUAA